GCCGCGGGGCUGGCGCGCGGCGCGGAGCAAGAUGGCGGCGGCGGCGGCGGCUGGUGCGGCCUCUGGGCUGCCGGGGCCGGUGGCCCAGGGGCUGAAGGAGGCGUUGGUGGACACGCUCACCGGGAUCCUGUCCCCGGUGCAGGAGGUGCGGGCGGCCGCCGAGGAGCAGAUUAAGGUGCUGGAGGUGACGGAGGAAUUUGGUGUUCACCUGGCAGAGCUGACCGUAGAUCCCCAGGGGGCAUUGGCAAUCCGUCAGCUGGCAUCAGUCAUCUUGAAACAGUACGUGGAGACUCACUGGUGUGCCCAGUCGGAGAGGUUCAGGCCUCCUGAGACCACAGAAAGGGCAAAAAUUGUCAUCCGGGAGCUAUUGCCCAAUGGCUUGAGAGAGUCGAUAAGCAAGGUGCGCUCCAGCGUGGCCUAUGCGGUGUCAGCCAUCGCUCACUGGGACUGGCCCGAAGCCUGGCCCCAGCUCUUCAACCUGCUCAUGGGGAUGCUGGUGAGCGGAGACUUAAACGCAGUCCACGGCGCCAUGCGAGUGCUUACAGAAUUCACUCGAGAAGUCACAGACACCCAGAUGCCGCUGGUUGCGCCUGUCAUUCUCCCAGAGAUGUACAAGAUCUUCACCAUGGCCGAGGUGUAUGGUAUUCGAACCCGUUCCCGAGCCGUGGAGAUUUUUACCACUUGUGCCCAUAUGAUCUGUAACAUGGAGGAGCUGGAGAAGGGUGCGGCCAAAGUCCUGAUCUUCCCUGUGGUGCAGCAGUUCACAGAGGCCUUCGUCCAGGCCCUCCAGAUACCAGACGGCCCCACGUCUGACAGCGGGUUUAAGAUGGAAGUCCUGAAGGCAGUGACAGCCCUGGUGAAAAACUUCCCAAAGCACAUGGUGUCCUCCAUGCAGCAAAUUCUGCCUAUUGUUUGGAACACCCUAACUGAAAGUGCAGCUUUUUAUGUGAGGACAGAAGUAAAUUACACAGAGGAAGUAGAAGAUCCUGUGGAUUCUGAUGGCGAAGUCCUGGGCUUUGAAAAUCUCGUCUUCAGCAUUUUUGAAUUUGUCCAUGCUCUCCUGGAAAAUAGCAAAUUCAAAAGCACUGUCAAGAAGGCCUUGCCUGAGUUGAUUUACUAUCUCAUCCUGUACAUGCAGAUCACCGAGGAGCAGAUUAAAGUGUGGACAGCCAACCCCCAGCAGUUUGUGGAAGAUGAAGACGAUGAUACUUUCUCCUAUACUGUUAGGAUCGCAGCCCAAGACUUGUUGCUGGCUGUGGCCACUGAUUUCCAGAAUGAGAGCGCAGCAGCCCUGGCCGCCGCAGCAACUCGGCAUUUACAGGAAGCUGAGCACACCAAGAAUGGCGGCACCGGACAUUGGUGGAAGAUCCAUGAGGCAUGCAUGUUGGCCCUCGGCUCAGUGAAGUCCAUCAUCACCGACAGCGUGAAGAAUGGCAGGAUCCCCUUCGACAUGCAUGGCUUCCUGACCAACGUUGUCCUUGCAGACCUCAACCUCUCAGUGUCUCCUUUCCUCUUGGGCCGGGCCCUUUGGGCUGCCAGUCGGUUCACUGUUGCUAUGUCCCCUGAAUUGAUCCAGCAGUUUCUUCAGGCAACAGUUAGUGGUCUUCAUGAGACACAACCCCCAUCAGUUCGAAUUUCUGCAGUGAGAGCCAUCUGGGGUUAUUGUGACCAGCUGAAAGUCUCGGAGAGCACCCACGUGCUUCAGCCCUUCCUCCCCAGCAUCCUGGAUGGCUUAAUUCACCUGGCGGCUCAGUUCAGCUCAGAGGUCCUCAACCUGGUGAUGGAGACCCUGUGCAUCGUUUGUACAGUAGACCCAGAGUUCACAGCAAGCAUGGAGAGCAAAAUCUGCCCCUUCGCCAUUGCCAUCUUCCUAAAGUACAGUAACGAUCCUGUGGUCGCCUCGCUGGCUCAGGACAUCUUCAAGGAGCUGUCCCAGAUUGAAGCCUGCCAGGGCCCCAUGCAGAUGAGGCUGAUUCCCACCCUGGUCAGCAUCAUGCAGGCACCAGCAGACAAGAUCCCUGCGGGGCUCUGUGCGACGGCCAUUGACAUCCUGACCACGGUCGUGCGGAACACGAAGCCCCCCCUCUCCCAGCUGCUUAUCUGCCAGGCUUUCCCUGCUGUGGCCCAGUGCACCCUCCACACGGACGACAACGCCACCAUGCAGAAUGGUGGUGAGUGCCUGCGGGCCUACGUGUCGGUGACGCUGGAGCAGGUGGCCCAGUGGCACGACGAGCAGGGCCACAAUGGGCUGUGGUACGUGAUGCAGGUGGUGAGCCAGCUCCUGGACCCCCGCACCUCUGAGUUCACUGCCGCCUUCGUGGGCCGCCUUGUGUCCACCCUCAUCUCCAAGGCGGGGCGGGAGCUGGGGGAGAACCUGGACCAGAUUCUCCGUGCCAUCCUCAGCAAGAUGCAGCAGGCGGAGACGCUCAGCGUCAUGCAGUCCCUGAUCAUGGUGUUCGCCCACCUGGUGCACACCCAGCUGGAGCCCCUCCUGGAGUUCCUGUGCAGCCUCCCGGGGCCCACCGGCAAGCCUGCCCUGGAGUUCGUGAUGGCCGAGUGGACCAGCCGGCAGCACCUCUUCUACGGGCAGUACGAGGGCAAAGUCAGCUCUGUGGCGCUGUGUAAGCUGCUCCAGCACGGCAUCAACGCGGAUGACAAGCGGCUGCAGGACAUCCGCGUGAAGGGGGAGGAGAUCUACGGCCUGGACGAGGGCACCCGCACCCGCUCCAAGUCGGCCAAGAACCCUGAGCGCUGGACAAACAUUCCCUUGCUGGUCAAGAUCCUGAAGCUGAUCAUCAACGAGCUGUCCAACGUCAUGGAGGCCAACGCCGCCCGCCAGGCCGCCCCUGCAGAGUGGAGCCAAGAUGACUCCAGUGACAUGUGGGAGGACCAGGAGGAGGACGACGACGAGGAGGAGGACGGCCUAGCGGGCCAACUAUUGUCCGAUAUUCUUGCCACAAGUAAAUACGAGGAGGAUUACUACGAGGAUGAUGAGGAAGAUGACCCUGAUGCCCUGAAGGAUCCUCUCUAUCAGAUCGAUCUGCAGGCGUACCUCACGGACUUCCUCUGCCAGUUUGCUCAGCAGCCCUGCUACGUGGUGUUCUCAGGCCACCUCAACGACCACGAGAGGCGGGUUCUGCAGACCAUUGGCAUCUGAAACAGUCCUCCUCCUGCCCCGCCGCACACCGUUUUGCAGCCCUCGCUGGCCUUGAGAUGCACUUUCUUCUCAGCCUAGAGCGGCCUCUGCAGAGUGACACUGACAGUACAGACCAGGCUUACCAGUGCCAUCACCUAGGAAUGCUGGAACAAAGGACAUUUCCCAAAGUACCCUGAAGAAGCCCGUCUCUGGAAACUUUUUGUCCCCAGCUGUGCCCGCCUCUGCUCCUAGAGUCCUCUGCUGGCCAGGCCAGAAUCAUGGUGCCCAGAAGGGUUAUGUGUUCAUGGAUUAUUUGGCCUCACCUGAGGAGCACCGGAAGUCACGACCGUUCAUAUUCUAAAGUGGACCUGUUUCCUUUCGCAGGACGUCUGACGUGUUCAGAUAGGAAUACCCUCGGGCGAGAAUGGUGUUUUCUGCCCCGCACCGCAGACGGGCUGGGUCUUGUAGGAGCGAGGGGAAGCGGCGCCAGGGACCCCCUUCCUCCUGCGACACUGAGACUCCCCGUCGAAGGAGGUCAUCUUGGUUUUGCCUCGUUGCAUGACACAGCCCCUCCCCGACGCUGUUCCUCUGUAUACAUGCACGCACACGGGAUAAGCCAGACAGAUGGCAAUUUGUUUUUCCUUUUUUAGAAAAAAAAAAAUUGGGGAAAAACAGAUUUUUUUAAAAAGUCCACCUGACCCAACCAUAUUUAACAUGCCUCUCACACACAUCCCCACACAGUCUGAUAUUCAGAGGCUCCCCCUCUCCCUCAGGAAUUCUCUAAGGUGGGUAAGUUGUAGCCCUCAAAUUUGCAAUGUGUAUUUUUCUAGGAGAGUAAAGUAAUCUUUACAAAUGAAUUUAGUCUGCAUGGUAUAAGGUGUCUCAGCACCUCUGCCUUCUGUUCCUUUUAGAAGGAAAAUUAAAAUGAGGGGAAAGGCUUAGGUAGAGCCAUGUAGUAGACACCCGUGUGUGUUUUAGCUGACCUAGAGGAAAUGAUUGAUUCUCCUAGUUGGGAAUUGUCUGUGGUGGGUUCAAAAGUGAAUGAGGAUAAGAAAUCAGGAGGAGGAAGGUGAAUUAGCCUGGCAGCCCCUUUUUUGGUACUGCCCACACCCAGCGCCCCAUUUUUAAUAGCUGCAGAAUAUUCCUUUAGGGUGGUGGUCUCACAGCGGGAAAUAGAAUAUAAACUGAAUUUAACUAUCUCAAGGAAGGACCACCCCCCAUGGGCAUUGAUUCUGCAGGGUUGCCUUGGGAACCUCGGGACUUGUUGCCACUAGGUGACCCUGCUGGUCACUGCCCCCCACCUGCAGUGGAAAGCCUGGGAGGGGGGUGGUGUGUGUGUGUUCCCGGGGCUGCCAGCCAGGCCCUGGGCUCAUGCCGCCUCUAACCACUGCUCCUCCCCCCAUGAUUCUGGUGCGAUGACGCAGGUCUGGCCACUGGUGCUCGGAGACUCGCCCCACGGUUGUAGGUCUGAAGGCAGGGCUCGGUGCUGAAGGUCCACCAGGCCAGGAUGUCCCGGAUAGGCACAAAGGAGUGGUCUCGUGCCAGCAGCAUGGGAGGCGUGGGGCUCCCACACACUGGCCGGGCCUGCUCCCUAGGAAGAUUGUCUGCAUCCAGUGCCGAAGUGAUCCUCCAGCGAGGUCCUUUCCUCCUGCUCUCCUCUCGCUGGUUUUGGGGAGGACCGGGCCUCCUGCCUCAGAACUUGAGUCCUGAAGGAAAGGGUCGCGGAGGCGUUUCGGGGGGCUACCCCUGCCCCGCAGACUGAACGCUGUGGUGAGAGCAGAGGGAGGCCUCGGUGUGCAUGCCCUUCCUCGUGCUUCCAGAGCGUUUCCACGUACGCCAUCCCGUUUACCUUGACAGCGGGUUCCCAUUAGACGCUUCCAUUCUGUCGCUGAGGAAGAGAGUUCAGAGACUACAUCCGUUGUCAGGGCAGGAAGUGAGAAAGACCUGCCGGAGGCCAGGGGAACUGACAGAAAGUUACACUCUAGCUCCUCCUUUGUGUCUGUCUUUUCGGCCAAAGAGAACUAGCUCCAGCAUGGAAAGGGUGGGGCUACCUGUUUGCAAGGAGUUGGAGUUCAAGAUCAGACCGUUGGAGAAUAAGAGCCCUUGGCUGUUCUGAGAUCCUUCAGGUCCCCUGACCCUGAAGAACAGUGGCUAGGACACCAGGGCCUCGCCCAGGGCUUCACAGAGCUCUCAGUGGAGAGAAGCGCACGGGUACGAAAGCGCAUAGGCGGGAAAGGAAGCCGAGGAGCACACGUCCCUGACCUUCGAGCGCCACUGCUUGGGGAGCACGGACCAGCAAGUGACUCAGGCAAGAAUGAUAAAGUUUAAAAGACCAAGUGAUGUCAAACUGGCCUCAGGGUCUAAUUUUAAUAACAUACCAGAUGAAAUCUGGACACGGUAAAAUCAAAAGCAUUAGGAAAGCAAAAGUGGGUAACUGUCCACCAGCUCUCUGCAGAUGAACCCAUCGGGUGGUUUAUGGUGUGCCCCAGGGCACUCUGUCCUCAGCCCUCCUUUGAUGUAAGUGGCUGAUGAGGGUUUUUUAUGCCUUACCUUCCAGAAGAGGGUUUGAGGCCAUUUACAGAAGAAAUAGGUACUAGACAAGGGCGGGGGGAGGCACUGAUCAUAUUCUCAGAUAGGGUCCAAACAUCUCUACAAGCUGCAAAAAGUGGGCAGAAUCUCUAUGUAACGUUGUUUUCAAAGAUGCGGAUUGACAAGAGCAUCCAUGAAAAAAGCCAGGGAUUCCAGAGCGCCGCUGUUGCGCAAUCCCGUGCCAGUACCGAGUGUCUGUCAUGCCAGGAGCUGUUCACGCGUCUCUGCAAAACCCCAGUAUAGACGAAGGCUGGGGUCGCAGCACAGCGUCCAGAGCGGCACGUACGGCCACCUCGACCUUCCUGUGCCUGGCAGCGGGCCUGGAGUGCUCUGUCCCGUCUGGUGGCCAGCGAGGACUCCGUGACAGGAGGCCCAUCUGCAAGGGGAAGGCCGGGUGGAGGACCUGGAUCGUGUCGAGGAAGGAAGCUGGAAGGGCUGGCGGACUUGGGCAGACAGGACAUUGCUCUGGAAGGUAAAAGGCCUGUCCCGUGGAAGACACUAACCCGGCGGACCCGUGGCCACUAAGGAGAUGGUAACACACAGCCAAUUCCAGGCUCCUCUGUUUCCAUUGUGUUUCAGCAAACACCAAGCCUCUCUCACAUGCAAGGCCAUUGCCGGGUGCAAGGGGUUUGGCCCCUUCCCCAAGGAGCCAGUCUAGUAGGGGAUGAGGAACAGUGCGGUGGAUCUGGGGAUGUUACAAGAGAAAUCGGUUCUGGGUUGAGUGCCCAUUGCCCGAGGGGAACGGCUGAUGGCGAUGGGGGAGGCCGCCCUUGCAGGGUGGCUGACAGCUGCCGAUGUUUCAGAAGCACAAAAUGCAGGGCUGCUCUACGUGUCACCUGUUGAUCUCGUUUAGACCCUCUGCCGUGGAUCCUUGACCGUGGCUCGGGGGGAGGGUGUUAGGGGCAGUCGGAAGCCCACUUAUGACUUACAGGAGGCCCUCGGUUCUCCGUAUUAGCGAUUCAACCAACCAGGGACAGGGCGAUCCUGUAGUAGUUACUGUUGAAAAAACCCGCGUCUUAGUGGACCCGCACGAUUCACACCCACGUUCAAGGGUCAGCUCUAACCUUCCAGAGUAGGUGCUGUGUCCACCCCGUUUACAGGUGGAUGAAACAGGCCCAGAGAUGCACGAUGACGAGGCUGAGACAAGCGACAACCGCCGGUCCUCAGUUUCCUUCUCUGUGAAAUGGGGAACUGACACCUGCCUCAGGGCUGUGGUUACAUGUAAAGAGGACCAGAUUGAAGACCCUCGGGCUUGGGCGGGGGCGUCUGCCCCGUGCCUCCCCACCCUCCGGUCGCUGUCGCCGGGAGCUGUGUUUGGCGGUCUCCCUGACUCACUGGGUUAGAGUGACUCAGUUUCACAGAUGCUGCUGCUAAAUUAGGGCCUCGGUGAGCCUUUGGGAGGACAGCUCUGUGAAGGUCCUGCCGUGGGUGCGGGGGACAGAAACAGAGGCGGCGGCGGCGGCGGCGCCUGCCUACCACCUGCUAAGCAGAGCUUUUCCAUGUUGGUCUGCGUGACAUUAUAAAUUAUCGAUGUAUUAAUCUGCUUUCACUAGGUUUUUUUCCCUCCACUUAUUCCAGGAACAUAGCUGAGUUUUUGCACUUUCCUUGCCUUAGUUGCUUUUGCAUGGGGAAGGCAGAACUGUUUGAGGAUAAGCUGCUUCUGGAUCCUUGGUUGAAAGGUUGCAUCAACUGAGAUUAGGCCCAGGGUCUUGGAGGAAGAGAGGGGGAGGGGUCCCAGAAGACAGGAAGGGAACUUCUAGAAGUCCGCGGGCCCAUGAGUCGUGAGGACCCUGCCCUGAUCCGGGCAGAGCACCUGGAGAUGUGAGGGCUGGACACGGGGCACUGGGGCUCCCGGGAAGGUCCCCGUGCCUGGGCCGCGUAAGUCGAGGCCGCUGGACUUGCAGGCCCCCCGAACUCACAUCUGCCGGGCCCGCGCCCGCGUUUGCACUGUGUGAGGUCCCGGGACCUUUUCGGGAUCCUGGCACGGGGAGCAAACCAUAGGGACCACAGACUGAACUCCCACCAGCGGUCAGGAAAGAGACUCAGUCUGAUCUCAUUCGACUGGAAGAAAGAAGCGUGGCCUUCUUGCACCCCUGGUUCCCAGCCUGGCUCGCCUGCCUGACCGCGCGCUCACCGGCUGCGGCAGGAGGGCCAGUUCCGCCCAGGCCCUGCCUGUGACCUGCCAGUGACCUCCAGCAAAUCCUUUUUCCAUUGAAUAGAGAGAGAGAGAAGGACCAGAGUGCCUCUGCCGGCUGACCUGCGGUUCUGGUGGGUCUGACUGAACCCUAGUCCGUUUACAGCGCGGAAGCCGAGGCCGGAGGGACUGGGCAGUUUCUCCAGUUCGCAGAGCCAGGAAGUGGCAGAGCAGGGCCCCUGCCCUGGCCGGUGGUUCGGAGCGGGGACUCUGCAUCCUGCAUCCCAGCUCGGCUGUUCAUCCCCUGGGGCCGCUUUGGACGAGCUGCUGAAUCCCCAGCCGCCACCUCCCGGGCCGAGGAACGCCUCCUGCAGCGAUUCUGACUGUGGGGCUGCCUCACUGCCGGUACCGUGGGGGCCAUGAUUAGUCUAAUCCUGAGCCCAGUGUCGUUGUCAGCACCUGGAGCUGCCCUUACACAGCCGGUCUUGCCGAGGAGGACUGGCCGUUCGCAUCUGCGCAGAUGCUUCACACGGGGUCAGGCUGAAAACAGACCCCAGGUGGGAAGGGUCAGUGAACCCUUCCCCGGAGAGGGAGUGGGGACAGACAGGAGAGCUGUCAACGGAGCCUUCUUCCUCUCUUACCCUCAGUCCCAAAAUAGCACUUGUCUGCCCCACCCUGCCCAGCUGGCAGGGCUGCAGGCUGAGUAAGGUGCCAUGUAAAGACAACCUGGCUCUCCCCGUCUGCCCUGCUGGCCGGACCUGGACCUCUGCUGCUCCUACAGCCACCCAGGGCAGGCUGGCUACCCCCGCCUGCUUUCCUGAGUCCCUGGCUGCCCAGGUUCUGCCUAGACUGCCCUGGGACUCUGCAAAGAAGCAGAAGCCCGGGUUCUGGGAGAGGUAAUCCUGCAAAGGCAGUGACAACAACCCCUCUAGAGAAGAGCGGUCCUUCCUACCUGGAGCUGGAGCAGCAGUGAGGCCCGUCCCCAUCCCCCCGUGCACACGUCCCUGCCCCACCGAGAGGACAAGCACAGGAGACAGCGUUCCGUUCACAGCAAGCAAGAGUCAAGCUGGGGGCUUCCCUGGGGGCGCAGUGGUUAAGAAUCCGCCUGCCAAUGCAGGGGACACAGGUUUGAGCCCCGGUCCGGGAGGAUCCCACAUGCCGCGGAGCAACUAAGCCCCUGUGCCACAACUACUGAGCCUGUGCUCGAGCGCCUGCGAGCCCGCACGCCACAACUACCGAAGCCUGCAUGCCACAACUACUGAGCCUGCACUCUAGAGCCCACGAACCACAACUACUGAAGCCCACGUGCCACAACUACUGAAGCCCGCGCACCUAGAGCCUGUGCUCCGCAACAAGAGAAACCACCGCAAUGAGAAGCCCGCACACCGCAACGAAGACCCAGCGCACCCAAAAAUAAAUUAAUUAAAAAAAAUAAAUGAGUCAAGCUAGACACCAGGAAAAACCUGAUGAAGGAGAAAUGUGUGUUUAUCCUGGGGCAGGGGGAGCCAGGAGACCCCGUUCCUUCAGUGCAAUGAGAUUAUAUCAGGCAGAGGAAAGGGUGUAAUGACCUCUCUGGAGGAGCUGGGUGGACAGAGGCCCGCGGGGUGGAGGAGGGCAGAGUGCCCUCAGGGCUCUCCUGAAGAAGAACCUGACUGCCCAGAGGCGAGGGAAGGAGGGAAGGGAGUCACUCUGGUCUCAAGAUGGCUCAGCUUGGAACAUGGGCCAGGCAGUUGGGAGGAGCAGGAACCUCUGGAGUGGAGGCCCCAGGGCCCCGGGCCUGGGGAAGUAAGGGGGGCCUCGGGGAUGCCCAGGUCAGUCUGCUCUGAUUUGAAGAGGAGCGUCAAGCGGGGCGGGGCCGGGGGGGGGGGGGAAGGAGGCCCUGGUCAUUGCCCCACGUGGGAUGACUCUGCAGAGUACUGCCACAGCCCCGGGCCAAGCUCAAACUGGGUCACGGGCUUGCCCCUGCCCUCCCCCCCCUGCCGCUGCCCCUGCUUCCACACAGAGUACUGCUGGGGAUAAAGGCUGCGCACCAAGGUCUCCCCAAAUACUGCUCUGGCCCGGCACGGAGCAUUUUACACCUGUUCAAGGAGAGGCAGGAGGUGAAGUGGAAAGGCCUGGGCUUUGAAGUCACAAAAGUCAAUUCUAAAUCCCAGCCCCCUGUGAGCUGGGAAAAUUAACUUCUUCCAACCCAAGUUUCCUCAUCGGUACAAUGGGACAAACUUGAAACAGGAGAGAAGGGGUCAGGGCACAACCUUUGAAAGAAUGACAUAGCCCGAGGACAUGACGUAAACUGGUUAGAACCAAGUGGGUCCAAGAUGGCGGAUGAGUCGACUUCCACUAGACCUUGAGCCUCAGGAUACGCUCACUGUAACACAUCAGCAAGCUGAGUGACACACCCACAGGUGCCAUGACAGUUCCAAGGCCGACCAGAAGGAUCAAAAAAUGAUCCUUUUGAUUCCUGGAAAUCCCCGCCCCUUCCCGAAAUAGCUGGAAUGCUCCUCCCACUCAUUAGCCUAUGAAAUUACCCACCCCUAUAAAAACUGACAGCCCCAUACCCUGGUGCCUUUCUCACCUUCCGAGACGGCCCACACUCUGCCUGUGGAGUGCGCUUCUCUCUAAAUAAAUCCACUUCUUACCCAUCA